AUGUGCCUUCUUAUCUUCAUUGGAACCAAUGGUGAGACCUACUUCAAUACGGUAGCUCUGGUUUCCUGCGUGCAAAAUUUCCCAAGCCGGGGUCCUGUCGUGGGCAUCCUGAAAGGCUUUGCCGGGCUUGGUGGUGCUAUUUUGACACAAAUUUAUGCAAUGAUCCAUUCCCCCGAUCAUGCAAAUCUCAUAUUCAUGAUUGCUGUUGGUCCAGCAAUGGUCAUAAUUGCCCUGAUGUUCAUCAUCCGACCAGUUGGAGGUCAUAGGCAAGUACGGCCAUCUGAUGGACUCAGUUUUACAUUUAUCUAUAGCAUAUGCCUUCUAUUGGCAGCAUACUUGAUGGGGGUCAUGGUCGUGGAAGAUCUAGUUGAUUUGAAUCAGACAGUGAUCACGAUUUUUACGGCAAUUCUAUUUGUGCUGCUUCUGCUACCGAUAGUGGUACCAGUUUCAUUGAGUUUCUUCUUAGACUCAAGGGCACCAAUUCAAGAACCUCUUCUGCCUGAACCACAGAAACAAGAAACAAGCAAAUCUGAGCAGGAUGGACAUGAGGUCAUAUUCAGUGAAGUCGAAGAUGAAAAGCCAAAGGAGGUGGACCUGCUUCCAGCACAAGAGAGGCAAAAGCGAAUAGCGCAGUUGCAGUCAAAACUGUUCCAAGCCGCCGCCGAAGGUGCGGUGAGAGUAAAGAGGAGGAAGGGCCCACAUCGAGGAGAGGACUUCACUCUGACACAGGCUUUAAUUAAGGCAGACUUUUGGCUUAUCUUUUUCUCACUUCUACUGGGUUCUGGUUCUGGACUGACAGUUAUCGAUAAUCUGGGCCAGCUGAGCCAAUCUCUGGGGUACGAUAAUACGCAUAUAUUUGUGUCCAUGAUCAGCAUUUGGAACUUCCUGGGCCGUGUUGGCGGAGGCUACUUUUCUGAAAUCAUUGUAAAGAAUCAUGCUUAUCCAAGGCCAGCAGCAAUGGCUGCGGCGCAAUUCAUUAUGGCUAUUGGGCAUGUUUUCUUUGCCAUGGGAUGGCCCGGGGCAAUGCACAUUGGCACCCUCUUGAUCGGGCUUGGUUAUGGGGCUCAUUGGGCGAUUAUGCCUGCUGUGGCCUCAGAGUUGUUCGGGUUGAAGAAAUUUGGUGCUUUAUACAACUUCCUUACUUUGGCUAACCCUGCGGGUUCGCUAGUCCUCUCUGGUGUAAUUGCAAGUAGUAUAUAUGAUUAUGAAGCAGAGAAGCAAGCGCAUCAUCACAUUCACCAUCAUCAUCCGCAAAGCUGGGGGUCGAUAUUUUCAGCCGUGCUUGCUGUGGAUGAACCGCUGAAAUGCGAAGGUUCUAUAUGCUUUUUCCUGACGUCAAUGAUUAUGUCAGGACUCUGCAUCAUCGCGGUGAUCUUGAGCAUGAUCCUUGUCUACCGUACUAAAAUUGUUUAUGCCCAUCUCUAUGGAAAAUCUCGCACUUGAAAUUAUAUGAUGGGGUCAGAGCUGUGUCCAUCCCUUAAGAAGCGAUGUUAAGAGACUGAAUUUUUCAGAUAGUAAUGCCAUCAGACCGUGCUUUUCUUGAAGUGCUGCUGCAUUAUGAGAAAUGUGGGUGAACUCUCCCUCGCUCUUGCGCCGUGAGCCUAAUUAGAAAGAGGUUUUGGUAGUGACAUGCGCCGUAGAAGGUUGAUAUAUACGUACGAUUCUCGGGUUGCGAGUUGCGAGAAGUGUGCUAUAUCCCUGCUCUUUACUUUGUCAUCUGUUCAGCAUGGAUUUAGAAAUGGUUCUGUGUGUUGUCAUCGUGGUGCAUAUGACCUUUUUACUUCUUCAUCUGCUUCCAUGAAAGGUUUUAAGUAUCAGUUCCCUGAUGGCUUCUAUUGUUGUAAAAUGACGAUUAUUACAUCGAAAAAAAUUCUGAGAGUUGGUUUGCUCGAACA